AUGGAACCUACUUUUCCGUUAUUUCGACUACCCGAGAAUGCCAUCAUCAAUGUUCUCAAAAACCUGCGUUUGGGACAAUUGUUCAUCAUCUCCCUAGUCUCGUCGAAAACUAAGAAUCUCGUGACAUCAUUGGGAUUAAGAGCCGAUUGUGUUGAGAUCACCGUUACAGGUUUCCUUCAUAUAUCUGUAGAUAUUGGAAGAGCCCGCUUCCAUUUGAUCAUUUUCACUAAUUCGAAUGAUGAAAAUGGAGAAUUACCCGCAGACAUAACUCUCCCAGGUUCUGCUGAUUUUUAUUUUGAAGACACUAGAAUGCAAUUAACAGCUCAAUUAUUCAACUUCAGCAAUUGGUUGAAUCACAUUCAAGCAUUGUUCUGUUGGAUUAAGCCACCGAAUGUUUAUUUUGGUCGAGGCUGUGAGAUAUUUAAGGUUCAGUCGUUGAAAGAUGCAAUUGGAGAUGUCAACGAUCUCUAUGUGUCUGGACGAUUGACGGAUGUUAUGAGCAGAGAAGUUUUGAAACAAUUUAAUACUCCCAACAUAUUAUAUCUGGACAAGAAUCCAUUCGAAGAUGUCUCAGAAAUUCAAAAAUGCUUCAUUCAAAACCGGAAAACUAUUAUAUUUGAUGACGUUUACUCAUUGGAUGAUAUGUUGUUGGUCAAUAGCGAAAGAGCCGAAUUCUUUCAUCCAAUAUCACAGAAACAGUUCAAUCAAUUCGUCAAACACUGGAUCCGUGGCUCAAAUCCAAGACUACAAGACAUGUCUCUAUCAAUCGAUAAAAUUGAUUUUCCCAGUGGAGAAGUUUAUUUGAAGGGGAUCCGAUGCACUACUAUGGAAGAAGUAGCGAAACAAGAAAUCAUUGAAAACCACAGACUACCAAUUGCUGAUAUGGCACAAAUCAGACGGAAUGACGGUACAACUGCAGUGGUUGUGACCAAAGAUUCAGAAAAUGUUUUGUUUGACUUCUCUCUUAUCUCAACAAAAACUAAGAAUCUCGUGACAUCAUUGGGCUUAAGAUCCAUUUCUGUUGAGAUCAAGUUAUGUCGUGUGAUUCGUAUAUUUGUAUGCUUCGAAAAUGCCCGAUUCCAGUUUAUUAUUUACAAUUUUUCGAAUGACCUGGAUGGGGAAUUACCCGCAGACAUUGCUCUUCCAGUUGGUGCUGCUUUCUUUGGAUGGCCAGGCCCAAUAAUUCAAUUAACAACUCCACUACUCAACUUCAACAAUUGGUUGAAUCAUAUUCGUACGGUAUUCUGUUACACUCUGCCACCGUGCAUUAGUUUUUCUCGAGGCUCUGAGAGAUUUAAUAUUGGAUUGUUGAAAGAUGCAAUUGGAAGUGUCAAUUUGCUUCUUGUGUUAGAGCAAUCAACUUAUAUCCAAUACAAGAACAUCUUGAGUCAUUUCAAUACACCCAGCAGAUUAUUUCUGGUCAGGAAUCCUUUUGAAGAAGUCUCAGAAAUUCAAAAAUUCUUCAUUCAAAACUUCCAAAGCUUUGCAUUUCAUGAUGUAUACUCAUUGGAUGACAUGUUGCUGGUCAACAGUGAAAAAAUCAAAUUCACCUGCCCAAUAUCACAGAAACAGUUCAAUCAAUUCGUCAAGCAUUGGAUCCGUGGAUCUAAUCCAAGACUGCAAUGCAUGUCUCUAUCAAUCGAUAAAAUUGAUUUUCCCAGUGGAGCAGUUUAUUUGAAGGGGAUCCGAUGCAUGGAAAUGAAUGAAGAGGCAAAACAGGAAAUCCGUGAAAAUCACAGUCUCUCAGUCAAUGUCGAUAUGGUACAAGUCAGACGGAGAGACGGGACACCUGCAGUUGUUGUGACCAAAGAUUCAGAACAUGUUUUGUUCCACUUCUCUCUUAUCUCAACGAAAACUAAGAAUCUCGUGACGACAUUGGGUUUGAGAGCCGAUUCUGUUGAGAUCAGGAUAUGUCGUGUGAUUCGUAUAUUUGUAUACUUUGGAAAUGCCCGAUUCCAGUUUAUGAUUUACAAUUUUUCGAAUGACCUGGAUGGUGAAUUACCCGCAGACAUUACUCUUCCAGUUGCUGCUGCUUAUUUUGGACUUCCAGGCCAAAUAAUUCAAUUAACAACUCCACUACUCAACUUCAGCAAGUGGUUGAAUCAUAUUCGGACGGUAUUCUGUUGCACUUUGCCUCCGAAUGUCCAUUUUGCUCGAGGCUCUGAAAGAUUUGAUAUUGGAUCCUUGAAAAAUACAAUUGGAAAUGUCAAUUGGCUUUAUGUGUUUAGAGGAUCCACUAACAUUCAUAACAAAAACAUAUUUAAAUAUUUCAAUGAAUCCAAAAAUUUAUAUCUGGACGGGAAUCCAUUUGAAGCAGCAUGUGAAACUCAAAAAUUGUUCAUUCAAAACUUCAAAAGCAUUGGAUUUUAUGAUGUAUACUCAUUGGAUGACUUGCUAUCGGUCAACAGUGAAAAUGCUGAUUUCGGAUAUCCAAUAGCUCAAAAACAAUUCAAUCAAUUUGUCAAACACUGGAUCCGUGGGUCUAAUCCAAGAUUGCAACACUUUUCUCUAACAAUCGAUACGAACGAUUUCAUCAACGGAGAAGUGUAUUUGAAUGGGAUCAGAUGUAUGGAAAUGAAUGAAGAGGCAAAACGAGAAAUCCGUCAAAAACAGUGGCGACUUUCAAACUGUGAUGUGGUACAAAUCAGACGGGAAGAUGGGACGACUGCAGCCAUUGCGACGAAGAAUGAUGGGGAUCGUCGUCUUAAUAUUCAUCUAAUUGUUUGGCACUGA